GAGAAAUAAGAACAGAAAAUAAAGCCAGGAGCAGUUUCGUCAAAAGGCCUGCAUCAUUGCCACCCGCCGCGCGCGUGUGGUACGGUAGUAUUUGCGGUAUUGCCUGAUCGUCGCGGUGCCGCCUACUUGUCGUGCGAUCCCCACGCAUCCGCGUAUGCACCAGCUCAAACCGCGCGAAGCCGCCACGCUCCCGCGCCACCUCCUCGAGGCCCACGUCGUCGCGCUCGUCCGCCAAUGCUGCCCCGACCUCCGCGCGCUCCGCGCCGCCCACGCGCGCCUCGUCAGGCUCCGCCUCCCUCGCCUCACCGCCGUCUUCGCGCUCUCCAAGCUCCUCGCCUCCUGCGGCGCCGCGGCUUCCUAUGCACGCAACCUGUUCGAUCAAAUCCCCGAGCCGACCGCCUUCUGCUACAACUCCCUCAUCCGCACGCUCUCCGCCGCCUCCGGCGUACCGGCCGCGGAUGCUGUCCUGGUCUACCGCCGCUUGCUGCGUGCUGGAUCCCCUCACCCCAACAGCUUUACCCUCGCGUUCGUGCUAAAGGCGUGCGCGGCCGUGCCGGCUCUCGGGGAGGGCCGGCAGCUUCACUCGCAGGCUUUCCGACGAGGACUUGAACCGAGUCCGUACGUGCAGACCGGAUUGCUUAACCUCUAUGCUAAGUGCGAGGAGGUUGCGCUCGCCAGAACAGUGUUUGAUGGCAUGGUUGGGGACAAGAAUUUGGCUGCUUGGAGUGCCAUGAUCGGCGGGUAUUCGAGGGUGGGGAUGGUUAACGAGGCUUUGCGGCUGUUCCGAGAGAUGCAGUCAGCGGGUGUGAACCCAGAUGAGAUCACCAUGGUCGGUGUCAUUUCGGCAUGUGCCAAGGCAGGGGCACUUGAGUUGGGGAGGUGGGUGCAUGCUUUUAUAGAUAGGAAAGGUAUCACAGUCGAUCUUGAACUGAGCACAGCGUUAAUUGAUAUGUAUGCAAAGUGUGGGUUGAUAGAGCGGGCAAAGGGAGUGUUUGAUGCCAUGGUGGAGAGGGAUACAAAGGCAUGGAGUGCAAUGAUUGUUGGAUUGGCGAUACAUGGUCUUGUAGAGGAUGCCUUGAAGCUUUUCUCAAGAAUGCUAGAGUUUAAGGUGAGGCCUAACAAUAUCACCUUUAUAGGUGUGUUGUCGGCCUGUGCUCACAGUGGGUUGGUGAAUGAAGGCCGACGGCAUUGGUCUACUAUGCAAGAAUUAGGAAUCAAACCUUCAAUGGAGAACUUUGGUUGCAUGGUUGACCUUUUUUGCCGAUCUGGCCUUUUGGAUGAAGCAUACUCAUUUGUUACUAGCAUGGCUAUCCCGCCAAAUUCAGUAAUUUGGAGGACUCUUCUUGUUGCCAGUAAAAACUCAAACAGAUCUGACAUAGUGGAAUCAGCAUCAAAGAGGCUCCUUGAGUUAGAACCUUGCAAUCCAGAGAACUAUGUUCUACUCUCAAAUUUAUAUGCAUUGAACUCUCAGUGGGAUAGUGUGAGCAAUAUGAGGAAGAAGAUGAAGGAACACAAUGUAAAUGUUGUUGCUGGCUGUAGUUCAAUUGAAAUAAAUGGCUACCUUCACAAGUUUGUGGUGAGGGAUGAUUCACACCCUGAAAUAAAGGAGAUAAGACUGUUACUUAGGGAAAUAGCUGACCAUGUCGUGCGUGCUGGCCACAAGCCUUGGACUGAAGCUGUGCUUCAUGAUGUUGAUGAAGAGGAAAAAGAAGUUGCACUUUGUGAGCAUAGUGAAAGGUUAGCCAUUGCAUAUGGUUUGUUGAAGACAAAAGCACCUCACAUCAUUCGGGUGGCAAAGAAUUUGAGAUUCUGUCCAGAUUGCCAUGAAGUCGCAAAAAUAAUAAGCAAGUCAUACAAUCGAGAAAUCAUUGUUAGGGAUCGUGUUCGAUUCCAUAGAUUUGUUGACGGAAGUUGUUCUUGCAAGGAUUUUUGGUGAUUACUGAAUGGAUUGAAUUGUCCCAUGGCUUGGGAUGUGUCAUUGAAACUCUUUGGGAAUCCAUCACUAAAUAGCAAUGGCCACUGAGCAAGAUUUGGUAUCCAGAUAGAAGGGAUCAUAAACUAGACUCGACUCUCCCGCACGAUACUACCACUCAAGUUCAUGACGUUAACAUAACAGUAGUACAUUACCAUUCUUUUCGCUUGUACAUGAUGCUCACUGAAAGCAAAAGGAUGAGUCAGAGAGAGAUCGGGACUGUGAACUGUGAAAGGCCAUUCCUAUUUAGGUAACCUAAGACAAAGUCGUUUUUGUUCGAAGGCCAAGGGUGUGAUGUGGUGGCUGCCCGCUCUAACUGGUAAAAUGCACCUGCAAGAUCAUAUUGUUGGGGCUCUACAACACAGCAAGACAGAUUGGCGAUAAUUGGCGAUCAAGACAGCCUGUUUUCUUCUUACAUUAUAAAAGGUAGUAGAAAAUUUCUUUUUCUAGUAACAAGGCAGAGAAUUCGAACGAUUGUUCUGAUGUAAACUGAAAAAAAAAAUGAUUCCUCCUUGUGUUACCAAGUUAGAGAUCUACAGUGCCUUUUCUUAAUGUGUUUGCAGCAUUACGAUAAAUUUUAAAAAU